CGGGGAAGAAAUUUUCAAAAGAAAGGAGACACUCCGAAGAAGCGGGGCGGCUGCUUUUGGCGACUUGUGCUGAAAAAGGCAGGCAUUACUGAAAUCCUCUCUUUUCUCUGAACUGCAAAAAGAAUAUGGCCACCUCGCGUCAAGUCCUACCUACCAACGUUAGACCAGUCCACUAUGAUCUGUCAUUGAGACCCAAUCUGACCUCCUUCCACUUUGACGGUAGAGUCAUUGUCAAGUUGGACGUGAACGAGGACACCAAGAUCAUCACACUGAACUCCCAUGAACUCAAGCUGACCUCCGCCAAGUUGCAAUCUUCUGCUCUCAAGACACAAUCAAGCCAAGAAGCAACUGAUAUCAGUUAUGACGAGCAAAAGCAUAUCGUCACCUUGACCUUUGCUGAGUCUGUCCCUGCUAAAUCCGAGACCGUGUUGGAUAUUCUGUUCGAAGGCACUCUGAACGAUCAGAUGGCUGGCUUCUAUCGUAGCUCCUACAAGGAUGCUUCUGGUGAAACAAAAUAUCUCGCCACGACUCAAUUUGAGGCCACAGAUGCCAGACGUGCAUUCCCCUGUUGGGAUGAGCCCUCCCUCAAGGCCACUUUCGAUGUCACUCUUGUUGUGCCCUCAGAGUUGACUGCUUUGUCCAACAUGAACGUCAUUUCAGAAAAGCCCUUCCAAGAGUCAGGCAAGGGACCUAAUGUUGGAAAGCAUGAAGGCAGCCAGACCGGAAAGGAUGUUGCCACAUCUACCUCUCUUAAGGAAGUCAAAUACGCCACUACUCCCAUGAUGAGCACGUACUUGCUUGCUUUUGUUGUCGGUCCUUUUGAGUAUAUUGAGGCUCACACCACAGGAGAACACAACGGUGAAUCCGUCAAAGUUCGAGUCUACACCCUUCCUGGCUCUACUGAACAGGGCCGCCACGCUCUCAAUGUCUGCACCAAGGCCUUGGAAUACUUCGCCGCCGUAUUCGGUGAGCCUUAUCCUCUUCCCAAGAUGGACAUGGUGGCUAUUCCUGAUUUCGAAGCUGGUGCUAUGGAGAAUUGGGGUUUGGUCACUUAUCGCACAGUUGCGUUGCUCUUCGAUGAAAAGGCUUCCUCUUUGGCUGCCAAGAAGCAAACUGCCUACACUGUUUGCCACGAAUUGGCUCAUCAGUGGUUCGGUAAUUUGGUCACCAUGGAAUGGUGGGACCAUCUUUGGUUGAAUGAAGGUUUUGCCACCUGGGUAGGUUGGUUGGCCGUCGACCAUGUCUUCCCUGACUGGGAUGUAUGGACCUCCUUUGUUAAUGAGGAUAUGCCCCGUGCUCUCAGCUUGGAUGCUCUCCGAUCAUCUCACCCUAUCGAGGUUGCUGUGAACGACCCUGCUGAAAUUCAUCAGAUUUUCGAUGCCAUUUCAUACUACAAAGGAGCUAGUGUCAUUCGCAUGCUUAGCUCAUGGCUUGGUGUUGACGUUUUCCUUGCUGGUGUUCGCCGCUAUCUUCAUCGUCAUAAGUUCGGCAAUGCUUCCACUGGCGAUUUGUGGGCUGCGCUCAGCGAAGUGGCUGGUGUCGAUGUGUCCAAGUUCAUGCAAUUGUGGACCAAGAAUGUUGGCUACCCAGUCCUCCGAGUGGAUACUGUUGACGAUUCAAACAUCCAAGUUACACAAGCUCGCUACCUCUCAACAGGCGACCUUAAGUCGGUCGAAGACACCACUAAUUGGUGGGUCCCGCUUGGUGUCUUGACUCCCGAUAAGGUUGAGUCGUACACUCUUACCGACAAGUCCCAACGUUUCGCUGUCGGCUCCCAUUCUUUCAAGCUCAAUGCUGGUCAAAGCGGUGUUUACCGAGUUCAAUACCCUAUCGAUGUCAUCAAGCGUCUUGCCGAUGAAGUCCGCAAGCCCAACAAUGGUCUUUUGAGCAACACUGCCGACCGAGUUGGUUUGGUUGCUGAUGCUGGCAGUCUUUGCGUCAGUGGUGAGCAAACCACAAGCGCCUUCUUGGAACUUGCUCAGGCAUUCCAGAAUGAAACCGAGUACUUCGUGUGGUCACAAAUUAGCACUCACUUGAGCAACAUCCUCAGCGUCUGGUACGAACAGCCCAGCGAGGUCAAGGAUGGUCUCAACUUGCUUCGUCGCAACCUUUUCAGCCCUAUUGCCCACAAAUUGGGCUGGGAAUUCAAGCCUACCGAUGACUAUCUUACCAACAUGCUUCGUGUUCUCGUCUUGUCCAAUGCUGGUCGCAGCGGCGAUCAAGGCAUUGUGGAUGAAGCUAGAGAUCGUUUCUGGCGUUUCGUCAAGGGUGACAACGAGGCCCUUCAUCCUAACUUGCGCGGACCGGUUUAUAACAUUGUUCUCAAGAACGCCAACGACGAAACUGAAGAGACCCAAGUCUGGGAGGAAAUCCUGAAAAUCUAUGAGAACGAGACUUUGACUUCUGAUCAGCGUCUGGCUGCUCUUGCUACGCUUGGUAAUGCCAAGAGUGAAGCUUUGAUCAACCGAUACCUCGCCAUGAGCUUGGACGAAAAGCAAGUCCGUGGUCAAGACAGUGUGUAUGUGUUCCGCACUUUGGGAUCUAACCCUGACGCUCGUAACCACUUGUGGGAGUUCUUCAGCAACAACUAUGACUUGCUUCAUACCAAGUUCUCCAAAUCUCUCUCUCUGUUUGGUAUUGCCGUCAAGUCCUCUGUGGAUGGAUUCGUUGAUGACCGCAGAAUUGAAGAAAUCGAAGCUUUCUUUGCCAACAAGGAUACCAAGGAGUAUGCUCGUCCUCUUCAACAGGCCAUCGAAGCUGCCAAGGUGAAUGCUGAGUGGUUGAAGCGUGAUAGCCAGGCUGUGCAAGAUUGGGUCAGAGGCUACGUUGCCCGCGAUUAAAUCACGUCUCUCUCCA